GGAAGAUAUGGAGCACCUGCUUCGAACAAAGAGAAUUCUCUACCAUCCUUUCCCACUACGCUUACAGACACAUACCCAGAGUCGUUUGAGAUGACUCUCCCCAAAUUAACUAUUAUUUUGUGCUUGGUUUUCCUAGUCGUUGACGCUGUACGCACUUGCCCACCGGAGGAAACCCUACGACCAUGCACUUGCAAAAACGUGCAAGACAGCACUGGAGAAGAUUUUCCGAUCAUCAGUUGCAACGGUUUGCAAUCUGAGGAUGCUCUGGAAUCAGCUGUGAGGGCAUCAAAGGGUUUCAAAAUAUUUGAGCUUAAACUGAUUGAGAGUAGCUUGAGGUACAUACCACAAGAUGCUUUUGUUGGGACAUCUUUCGAAGUACUAUGCGUUGAAAACUCUAGUCUCAGUAGCCUAAGUCAAACGGACGUCGCUCUUCGAGGCUUGGAAGACUCGCUUCACUUGAUCGAAAUCUUCAACAGCACCUUUUCCAAAAGUUGGAACUGGUCCCAAUUGGCCAGGAUGUCGCAACUGAUGGAGGUGCUGGUUCACGACUCGCAACUGCAAGAAAUAACUGACGGGAUUUCCAACAUCCGGCACCUGGAGAUCCAGUCGUUCGCAUUCCAGAGGAACAACAUAGAAAGGAUCGACGAGUUUGCAUUUUCACCUUUCACUAAACUGAACAGGCUGACUUUGGAUGGCAAUCAAUUGACAGAGAUCAAGAGAACGAUGUUGCCCAUGACAGCAAAUUUUCUCACAAUUAUAGGGUUAAGUGGAAACAGAAUAAGAUAUUUACCACAUGAUUUGUUUUCAUACAUGCCAUCACUUAAAUCAGUGUACUUAAGUGGAAACCCUUUGUAUACAAUUGAAGAAGUAGUAUUUAAACCUGUUUGGCGGCAGCUUCAUUUACUUCUCUUUUCAGGAACACCUCUAUCAUGUGACUGCAGGAUAGCAUGGAUAACUAGACAGGACAACAGUAAUAAAUAUAUUCAUGCAGAGUGUCAAAAUCCUUCCAAACUACGCGGACGAACGCUAAGUUCUCUUCAAUUACAUGAAUUAUGGUGCUGAAUCUUAGUAAUAAAUAUUGUUGAAGUGUAAAACUAGAUUGUGUUU